AAGUUAUAUCGUUCAGUCCGACAGGGAAGUGGCCUAACCUUCUCGGAGCAGGUGUCUUUGGAGGAGCUCACACUUGGAGGCGUGAGGAGGGGAAAGAUCAUAAUACCGCAUUUCCCUCUCUAGACCUCCUAAAUAUUUAGAUGUUUGCAAACAUGGUGUCCAAGUUGACAUCUUUGCAACAGGAGCUUCUGAGCGCCUUGUUGGACUCUGGAGUUACCAAAGAUGUGCUUCUGCAAGCUUUGGAGGACCUGGACCCGAGCCCGAGCGCUUUUGGAGUUAAACUGGACAGUCUGCAGAUGUCCCCGUCCGGCUCCAAACUCAGCGAUACGGAUUCAAAGCCGGUGUUUCAUACGCUCACUAAUGGACACAGUAAAGGGAAGUUAUCCGGAGAUGAAGGCUCCGAGGACGGGGAUGAUUAUGACACACCGCCAAUUCUCAAAGAGCUCCAGUCUCAAAACACCGAGGAAGCGGCCGAGCAGAGGGCAGAAAUAGAGCGAAUGUUGGCGGAGGACCCGUGGCGCGCGGCCCGCAUGAUCAAAGGCUACAUGCAGCAGCACAAUAUCCCUCAGCGCGAGGUGGUGGAUGUGACGGGCCUGAAUCAGUCGCACCUGUCGCAGCACCUGAAUAAAGGCACGCCUAUGAAAACGCAGAAACGCGCGGCGCUCUACACCUGGUAUGUGAGGAAACAGCGGGAGAUCUUGCGACAAUUCAACCAGGCCACACAAGGCUCUGGCGCCACCAUGUUAGACAAAGGAAAUCAGGAUCAGGUACUCCUUUUUUUCUCAGAGUUUAGUCAGUCUGGGCAAGGUAUGGUCCAGCCAGGUGAUGAUGCUGCUAUUGAGCCUGCUUGCAAGAAGCUCAGACGCAACCGUUUCAAAUGGGGGCCUGCAUCCCAACAAAUCCUUUACCAGGCUUAUGAGCGGCAGAAGAACCCCAGCAAAGAGGAGAGAGAGGCAUUGGUGGAGGAGUGCAACCGGGCUGAGUGCCUCCAAAGAGGAGUGUCUCCAUCGAAAGCUCAUGGACUUGGCUCCAACCUGGUCACAGAGGUGCGAGUCUACAACUGGUUUGCUAACAGAAGAAAGGAAGAAGCCUUCAGACAAAAGUUGGCUAUGGAUGCCUACAGUGGGCCAGCGCAUAGCCUAAACUCCCUCCUUUCACAUAGUUCCCCGCAUCACCCACAAACUAGCAGCUCCCCACCAAGCAAGAUGCAAGGUGUCCGGUACAGCCAACAAGGUCCAGGUGAAGUCAGUUCUUCAACAACGAUCAAUCACCAUAGCAGCAAUGCCAUGUCAACCAGCCAGUCAGUGUUACAGCAGGUCUCUCCAGGGGCGCUGGACCCCAGUCACAGCCUCCUGUCACCUGAUGCCAAGAUGAUCUCGGUAUCAGGUGGAGGUCUUCCUCCAGUAAGCACCCUGACCAACAUCCACGCAUCCCACCAUGUGCACCAACAGACCCCUAACCUUAUAAUGCCACUCUCUGGAGUCAUGGCCAUUGCACAAAGUGAGUGUCCAUCCAUAUUUGGUUUCCUUUUCAGAUUAUUCAUACAUUCUCCUCUUGACGUCGUAAUAUUCUUGCAUUCAGGUUUGAACACAUCGCAAGCACAGACGGUGCCUGUCAUAAACAGUGUUGCAGGCAGUCUGGCAGCACUGCAGCCAGUGCAGUUCUCUCAGCAGUUAAAUAGCCAACACCAGCAGCUCAUGCAACAGUCAUCUGGACACAUGAGCCAACAGUCCUUCAUGGCCUCCGUCUCACACUCACACAUGUACCCACACAAGCAGGAGCCACCCCAGUAUUCUCAUUCGUCUCGGUUUCCCCCGGCCAUGGUGGUGACAGACGCCAACAGCCUCAGUACACUGAGCUCAAUGUCCUCCAGCAAACAGUGUCCACUACAGGCCUGGUGAAUGUAUACACCUGACUUCUUCGAUGCCAAGCAACAGGAGCACAUUGUCCCAACCUCCAUUCCCCUUCAUCGCACCUAUAUCCAUGGCAACCCAUAAUAUGUGCGAGCGGCACGCUGGAUGAUCAGUGGGUCAAUAAACCACGAGCUGAAGGCAGGACUGAUGAGAAUGAACACUGUUGGGGUGUUUGGGUUCACAGUUGGGUGACUAGAAGUCUGGCUCGGAUGAUCAACAUGGCGCCCAAUUUAGUGACAGUAUUUUACUUCUCAUUGAUGGACAAACUAAAUUAAGGAACGCACAUGAUCCAUAUGAACAAACAAAUACGAAACGCAUACAACACAGUCAGAUGAAGAUGCAAAGAUGGAGCGGGAAGACCUGGAAUCCAGGAAUAAGAGCACAAAAUGUGUGUGUAUGUAAAACUUUACAAUCAAACUGUGUGGAUCCAAUGACAAUCAGACAAUGUUAGACGCAUCGUUAAUGUAAAAUAACCGAUGCAAAGACGUCUUCCUUGAGAUAUCAAUGCUUAGAAAAUGUUCUGUACAGUUGGGUGUAAAUACGAGCAAUUACUAUAUCAUUAUUAUUAUUAUUAUUAUUUCAUUACUAUGAAGGAUGUAAAUAUUCAGUUUUAUCUGUCUAAACAUGUAAACUGUGAUUGUGAAUGUGACAAUCUAAGGAACAGGCAUGAUGUAUUGGAAUAUGCAGUGUGUCAGAGAGAAGGAUUUCAAAACUUUUCAGAAAGCUUCGUUGACGUCAGAUCUUAAAAGAGAGAUAAAUGUAAAAGCACAUUCAACAAAACGUUGAACCUAUUGAUCCUUCUGUAAGCCUUGUUUUAAAAUAGACACUGUUGUCAAUGUUGACUGCCAUUAGUGUGGCGUCAGAUAGAUAAGAGUCAUCUUUCUGUGCCAGCCAAAGAAAUACUGAAUUAAGAAGUGGUCGAUCGGAGAGACUCAGAGAUAACUCUAUCUGUAAAGAAGUUCACAGUUUUUGUGAUACUGGGAAGAACGGCCAUGAAUCAUGACAUCUCUAAUUUAAAUAUUGACCUUCAGUCAAACUGUCAUUGUGAUGGUGGGGAGAUAUCUGAAGAAAAGAGCGUCCUGUUGAAUUGGUCAGCGUAAUUGUUAUCAGCUGGAAUUUCAGAAGUUGAGGAAAUCGAAUCAGUUCGCCACUUCAAACAGUAUUAGCUGCUCACGCAACCCUGAACUACCAGAAAGCAUUGUGAAAUAGUUUUUACUGUGGCUUUUUUUUUUACAUUUAGGCCCAAUCCCAAUUCUACCCCUUAGCCCUUUCCCUUACUCCUAACCCUCGUUUUGCGUGUUCAUGUGAAGGGGUAGAGGUGUCCAAAUUCUCUUUGGCUUGAAGACAUAGGGCUAAUGGGAAGGGCUAGAUACCCCCUGAAACAGAUUUUUCAGGACCACACUUGAAACCAAGGGGUAAGAAAAUUUCCCAGAAUACACAAUCUACACGGAAAUAAGAAGAUGGAUAAAUCAGUAUUUUUUUGUCAUUAUUUCAAAUUUGUACAACAAACAAGCACAUGUGUUAAUAUAUUCAUAGCCGCAUUCGUGUUUUACCAUUAUGCUUUAAAAAAAACCGCUAAAAUAAAACACGUUAAAUUUGGCUAUAAUCUAUAAUCCCUAACAAUAGCUUCUGUUUAGCAGUCCCACAACAUUCAGACACUCGAUGACACUGGAAUACCCAGUCAGAAAAGUCUAGUGGCUGGGAAUGAGCUUUUUACAGUGUCUGCUGUAAUGUUAAUGUUGUUUUGUGUGUUUACAUUGAUGAAAAUGGGCAGGGUGUAAAUGCACAGUACAGUUACGAUCUUAUUACCACAUUAGAUUGUUAUGAUAACACGAUAUCUUUGCCUUCGGUGAUUUCCUCUAGUUAAAUACCCACAAAUAACGCAACUGGAAGAACUACAGCAGUCACGAUCGUUGAUCUCAUAUGAAGCAAGAGAUCGCGAUGACAUCUGAUGAUGUGUGCAGGUGCUGUAGUACUGUCCCAUUUCUUAGGGGUAAAAUUUAAAACCCUUCCCAUUCACACAGGGGUUGCCACAGCGGAAUGAACCGUAAACUUAUCCAGCAUAUGUUUUACACAGCAAAUGCUCUUCCAGCCGCAAUCUAGUACUGAGAGUUUGAAUUCUUGUCAAAAGGUCAUUUCAAUGUUUUUUUUGUUAUGUUGUAACUAUGUUCCCACUGCCAUUGCUGGUUUAUUCUCCUGUUAAAUGCUGGAUUUAUACAAGAUGUGAUUUGUUCCACAUUGUAUUAUUUUUGUACAAAAUGAAAUCAAUCUUUUAAAAAUCACUAUUUAUGCUUUACGGAAAAAAGGUUUCGAGUAAAGUUUUUUCCUCAAGAUUGA